CAUACAUUAUUUCAUAUUUUUACAAAUCAAUAAAAUACAUAAUUCAUAAUGAAAUCGAUCUGAAAUGUACAGUUUAUUUUGAGUUAUUACAGCCGAAAUAGCUCAGUUGGGAGAGCGUUAGACUGAAGAUCUAAAGGUCCCUGGUUCGAUCCCGGGUUUCGGCAGUCUUUUGUUUUUCAUUUGUGUCACAAGUCAAGUCUCGUCAACUAAAUUCUUUCAUAAUGGUGGAAUUGCACAGUAUGAAAAAUUAUAAUGCCAUCCCUAUUCUGCAAGUUUGUAAAGGAAAAGUUACUAGAAUUUUCAGACAAGAACAAUUACUCUAUUCUCAAAACAAAGAUGCUCUGGCAAGAUCUAUUUUCAAACCAUCAGGUUAUGAAUCAGAUUCUAAUGAAGAGGAUAAAAUGGUUCAUUUUGAAUUGAGAAUAGUUAAAAUUAAAUUGGCAAAGAUUUUUUUCGAAUCAUUUGAAAUGGAAAACAACAUCUUCAACAUAAGGUGGCAAAUAGAGAAUUUCCCUGAAUCCAUAUUGAAUGUGCAUGUUGAAACUGAAGAAACUGAUAUAGAGUUAUCUAUUCUCUAUAGUAUAAAAAACUUCAAUAAAUUUUCUGAGUACCUUGAGUCGAACACCAUAACUUUCUCCGCGAACAUUGAAAUAAAUGGGGAGUUUGUAAGAAUAGCAACUGCUGAGAUUUUUCUCUCAAAGGCUUCGAGAUUACUUGGAUCCAAAGUAGAUGAUCAGGUAAAUUUAUGCCAUUUUAACGAAGAAGAAAAUAUUGAUAUUUCAAUAGGAUCAUUGCAUAUAUCCUAUCAGCUGAAUACUGAUAAGAAAUCUGAAGUAAAAAUUCCUGUUGGAAAGUCCAUUACUUCUAUGCUAACGAACUCAAUUUCUAUUGGAUCGUGUAGAACACAAUUAACAGAACGCGACUUCCAAAAGGUAUCAACCAGCUCUUUCCUCAACCCGAUUCAUUCGAGAGAAGUGGUGGUGUCAGAAUUAGAGGUUAAGAAAUUUCAAGAAGAUCUCUUCCUUGUUUUGAACAGGAACAAGGCUCUACGUACUACACAGAGCGAGAUCUCCAGGGAGUUGAAGGACAGGGCAGAAUGGCUCAAUGAAGAAGCCAUUUGGAGAAGGACUCUGCAAGAAUAUGCCAUUUUGAGUGGGAAGGAUCCUUUUGAUGUACAGUGGAGACAGUGGAGGAAUGCCGAUACUUCAAAGGUAGUUCUCCGUUCAUUCCCUAAAAAGGAGAUAGUCUAUACACCAAUUUUGGACCUCACGAUAGUCAAGGUUGUCUUCUUUUCAAGCACAACGCCUUACCAGAAGGUGGAAGUACGCCAGAUCUACGUAGAGUAUUCUUUCCUCAACAUGGAAGGGCCAUGUAUGGAAUCAGAAGAUACCCUACCUUUACCUCCCCCUAAUGAACCGGCUAUCUUUGCCUUUAAAAAGAGUUUUGGAUUAAAUUUGGAGAUGGAGAGGAGGAACUGUUAUCUGAUAUCGGAGAUGAUAAAAGAUAAGGUUCCUUUGAGAAUAUCUGUUGUUAGUGAACCUUUAGCUGACUACAAUAUUCCAAUUCAAACAUGUGAAGAGUUGGGGUAUUCGGAGGUAAACUUUUUCGAUCUGGUUCAGUUAGAAGAAAAUGAAGUUAACAUUGAUUAUCCAAUUUUGGAUUCGAGUACAAAAAAACCUAUAGGAAACAUGACGGUCGAAUUUAGUGGCAUACUAGCAAUGAGGAAAAUGGCUCUACUUGUACUUGCUCCCGAAGAUUACAACAUUAUUGUAUGAAUCAAUCAACUGCUGAACUCAACGGAAUAGAGAAUGACUUCUUGACGAUUGAUCCAAUAGAAAAAACCAUUAAAAUUUCAAUAACA